AAAGAUAUAGCUUAAUAGCUUCUGCUAACUUAAUGUGGACUGUAUUUAUCAUAGAUUAAAUGAGUAUUUAUAUAGUCACUCAAAGAAUUUUUAAGAACAAUAUAUGUGUAGUUUUCCGUUUCACUGAUAUCUGAAAUCCAAAUAUGUGUUUAAAGUAAAACUUAACAAUUUAUAUGUUCGGGAUGUUGAGAUCAUCAAUAAUAUUAUCAAAUCCUAUAUUAUCUAAAUGUACAUGAUACAAAACAAUACAAACACGCUGGCACUGCUGCUGGCAGCUGCUCCUGGCUACUCGACAGUCGACGCUCGCUCAACUCGGCGUUUACCUUCGCUAGAAGUAAUCGUGUUCUGAUUCUGUGGCGUUUACUUACAGUUGGCGAAGCGCAGAUGCGCGGGGCGGCUGUUUUGUAGAGGUUAUGUUUAAUUAAAUACGCGUUUUCAAAGAACUGAAAAUUUAAGAAUUUUUCUAGCAGACCAUAGGUACUUAAUAUAAUUCCUUUCAUUUAGUAAUUUAUCGUAUAAUUGGUAAUUGUUUAGUGUAACAGCAAUCGAGUGUUUGUUUAUGAAUUGUGGACAAUCAACGAUACGUGAUAACGUUAUCAAUGUUAAGUGCGACUGUGAGUGAAGCAGUGUAAACAUUGUUUAUUCGUUCCAGUCAUAUCAAUUGGCAGUUAGGAACGAAUUUAUUAAUAACACGUAUACAAUUUCAAUUCAAAAUGAAUAAUCAACGACACGACGAAAUACCUAUAUUAAAAACAACAGCUGAUACACGAAUCAAUCAACUAAAUGAAAAAUUUGAAGAGGAAUUUGGGAUUAAGCCGAACUUCACUGUUAAAGUGCCGGGACGUGUUAAUAUAAUUGGAGAACAUAUCGACUAUUGUGGAUAUCCAGUGCUACCGAUGGCUUUAGAACAAAGUAUUUUGAUUGCGGUUGGAUUGAUUAAUGAAAAAGAUUUAAGAAUACGGAAUACGAAUUCUAAAUACUGUAAAUUUCAGAUGGAUAUUUCGAAGCCAGAAGACUUUGACAUAAAACCAGACGAAGAUGGAAAACCGUUCUGGUACAAUUACGUACUUUGUGGAGUAAAGGGUGGAUUAGAAUUUCUGAAUAGAAAAAUCAGAGGCGGUGUAAUUUUUCUGAUAGAUGGAAAUAUUCCACCGGCUUCCGGACUAUCAAGUUCGUCUGCCUUAGUAAGCGCUUCUUGUCUUGCUUUCUUACAUGCUCAGAAUGCUAAAAUAAGUAAAUUAAAAAUAGCUUCUUUAUGUGCCAAAAGCGAACGUUAUAUUGGCACUCAGGGUGGUGGAAUGGAUCAGGCUAUUGCUUUUCUGGCGGAAAAAUCUAGCGCUCAGUAUAUUACUUGGAAUCCACUGAAUGCUACGCCAGUAUCCCUUCCUGAAAAUGCUACCUUCGUUGUUGCACAUAGUUUAGCUGAAGCAAACAAAGCUGCGACUAACGAUUUUAACACAAGAGUCAUAGAAUGCAGACUGGCAGCCAAGAUACUAGCUGCUCGUUCGGGUAUUGAAGUUACGAAAGAAAUUAUUUCACUGAGCGAACUUCAAAAAAAGCUACAAAAAUCAUUAAACGAAAUGCUAGAACUUGUAACCGAACAUUUGGCUAAAGACCUGUAUUUAAAAAGCGAUAUUUGUGAAUUGCUGAAUAUACCAGAGGACGAAUUGAACAGGUUCUAUUUGACCCCGAACACUAGACAUUUGACCGAAUUUAAAUUAAAACAACGUGCCAUUCACGUUUACGAAGAAGCCAAGCGAGUUGAUAGCUUCCGUUACUUGUGUCAGCAUUCGACUUUCAAAAAUGAAUUAUCGACAAACAGCAAUAACGGUGAUUUGCUCUAUGAGAAUGGCGUUGAAAAGAUAAGCAAUUUAAUUGAAAAUCUAGGAGUAUUGAUGUUGGAGAGCCAUGAAAGUCUAAAGACACACUACGAAUGCUCCCACGACAAUCUGGAUCGUUUGGUGGACUUAUCGAGAAAGAUGAACGUUUACGCCCGGUUAACAGGCGCGGGUUGGGGUGGAUGCAUUGUAGCGUUAUGUCCAAAAGAAAAUGUUACAAAAUACAUAGAAACGUUAAUCGAUAAUUUUUAUGUUGAACAUUGCAAUUUAGACAGGGUCAGUGCACGUUCACAUGUUUUCGCAACGACGCCUAAUCGCGGUGCUGUUAUUUACAAUUUUACAUGAGACUUUUACAGAAGCUGUGAAUGAUUAUAGAGAGUGUAAGGAAAUCAGUUCUGAAGUCUUAAAAUCACAAUUUUCAUUUGCUAAGCUGAACUUUAAUUAUGAAGAUUUAUUGUUUUAACAUGUUCAUAUUUCGUGAGUCCGCAGUCCAAAGAAAAAACAACUUAAUGUAGCGCCAAAAGAUACAUGGGGACCAUUGAUUGACCCGGCGCGGCGCAAUACCCCUACGUAAACACGAACCCGUAAUUGAGCACACAUAGAUCCGAAACUUCAACCCUCGGCGUCGGUGUAUCGAUCAGUAUAAUAACCAAUUAUCAAUUGAGUUAUUGGGGGCGUAUUACAAGAAACCUUCUACUCCGUUCAUGGCGUCAGUAACGGCUCCUUUACACUCGGUCAUAUUCAAACUAUUCACAUAUUCAAACUAGUUUCAUCAUCCUUUGAUCAUUCAGCUUAAUUAAAUUUUAUUCAAGCCAGAAGCGCAUUUUAUGUAACGUAUGUAAAAAAUAAGCUUUAGAUAAUUAUGUUUUAUGCCAAUAUUAAGUCAUAUAAUUCAGUAAACGUAUCUCUCUGAGGUUGAGCCCGUGAGAUCACCUACCCUUCCGCGCGUACUUGGAAUAGCCCUUUAGAUUACCAAAGGUUUGGUAGGAGAAAAAAAUGUAAACAUUUGUUCCCAAAUAUAAGAAUGCGGUCGUCAACGCUUGUUUGUUUACCUUCGACACAUUUUACGAGACAUGCUGUUGUUUAAAGUUCUGCGAACCUAAUUAAAUAGAUGAUUGCGUAAAUAAUGUUUAGAAUUCUAUUAUUGGUAUAUAGAAGAUGGCUAAUAAAAUAGAAAUAAACAAUAAAUUAUGAUUCAAUAUAAAAUUCGUGUGCCGAGAAACUAGAAAAAUAUGUCUAAAUAAGAAAAGAAAAUAUCUAAAUAAAAAAGUUUACAUCAAA